AGUCGGCGACUGUUCAGUGAAAUCUCGACACUCGACAGCCGCUUUCCCCGCACUAAGCCCGCGAAAUUAUCGAUUAAUAAAUAUAUCGGAAUUCCAAAUUCAAAUGUAAUAGCUGGCCGGUAGAAUUUGUGAUGUGAUUUUUUUUUGUGAACACGGAUAAUGUGAGAGUGCACUGGGUAUUAUGGGACUGGACAUCAUGAUACACGGGACAUUUUAACACACUGGACUUUUUAAAAGGACCUUGUCUGGCAGAAAUUCACUUCUUCUGCAUGAAGACAAAAAGCGAUGAAGCCCUUUAUAAAACAGGCGUUCGUGGUGAGCGGCGCCGCGCUCAAUAUAGCGGGGCAUGGCUGCGCUCACGGCUUCCCGGCAGUCCUCUUCGCUCAACUCAAAACUACAGGCGAAGUGGUGUUGACAGACCACGACACCUCAUGGAUUGCAUCAGUCGUCGGCGCCAUGGGUAUCGUUGGAAACUUCAUAUCUCCAAUCCUGAUGACACGAUUCGGUCGUCAGAAAGCCCAUCUCAUCAGCACAGUACCUGCCCUCUUAGGAUGGAUCGUCUUUAUCCUAGGAAAAUCAGUGCCAGCUUUCCUAGUAGCCAGACUUCUCCACGGCCUAGCAUUAGGUCUUAGGACCCCAUUAGCAGCAAUAUUAGUCGCAGAAUACACCGAUCCAAAAUACAGAGGAGCGUUUCUUGGAACCUUCGCCAUAUCUUUGGGAUUGGGAAUAUUUUUAUCACAUUUGUGGGGGGCACAUCUCACGUGGAAGUCCACAGCGAUAGUCUGCUCAAUGUUUCCAUUAAUCUCUAUGAUCAUUAUAAGCCUUUCGCCCGAAUCUCCCGGUUGGCUCGUCUCGAAAGGAAAAUUCGGUGAAGCUACGAAAGCCUUCAGAUGGGUUAGAGGUGAUGGACCGGAGCAAAAAGAAGAACUUACCGCUAUGAUCGAAGCGCAAACUGAAGAAAUGAAAGCAGAAGAAAGGAGGAGAGGAGAUGUCGUUAAAAGAUUUUCUGUUAAAGGAAUUUGCAAGUCCAUAACAGAUUCUUUGAAGGAAGUUUUGAGAAUCUUCAAGAAGAAAGAGUUUUAUAAGCCGGCUAUUAUAGCAAUAAGUAUGUUGAUUGUGUUUGAAUUCGGUGGUGCGCAUAUGGUGGCAGCUUACGGAAAUAUCAUGCUGCAAGCGGUAUUGGACAAAGAGGAUCCUAAUGACGUAGCCUGGCAAUUUACAGUGAUAGAUUUAUUAAGAACUGUGUGCGCUUUCCUCGCGAUAUUUCUGUUGAAAUACUUCAAAAGAAGGACUAUACUGUUUACUAGUGGUGCUUUAACAGUAUUAUCAUUAUCGUCAAUCUCAGUAUUUGUGUAUAUGAGACAAGCUGGCUUAUUCCCAGCAGGUUGGAUAUUAGAUACUGUACCUAUGGCUUUGAUGAUAAUGUAUACAGUGUCAUUUUGUUUAGGAUUAGUUCCUUUGAAUUGGGUUAUAUGCGGGGAAGUAUUUCCUUUAGCUUAUAGAAGUUUAGGAUCAACGCUAUCAACAUCCUUUUUGACUCCAUCAUUUAUGGUGUCUAUGAAGACUGCUCCACAUUUAUAUUCGUCGGUAGGAGUUGAAGGAGCAUUCUUGGUAUAUUCAGCUACUUUAACAGUAUUUUUAUUAAUCAUGUUCGCGUUAUUACCAGAGACAAAAGAUAGAACUUUACAGGAUAUAGAAGAUAGUUUUAAAGGCAAGAAGACUGCAGACCCUGAAGUACAAAUGACGUUAAUUAAUAAGGAGAAAAUUGUUGUAAAAUAAGAUCAUUUUCAUAAAAACGCUAGAGAUACGAGUCAAAAAAUAGAUAUAAGUAUGGUCUUAAGGCUACUUUAAACAACUAGAGUAAGACUCUCUUUUUGAUUAUGAUAUUUAGUAUAAGAAUAAUAUUUUUGUAUGCCAAUGAAGUAUAAUAAUAAGACGAUGUGCAAGAUAUUUUACAUUACAUUAAUAUUAAUCUAAGACAAAUUAAAUAGAUUAUGAUAAUUUUCUUCUGACUAAAAUACAGUUGUGAAACACACUG